UGUCUCUGUGUGGGCUGUGUGUAAACUUUCACAUGUUACCGAUGCUGCUUACACACGGCUGAGCUCAAUGAUGGCAGAGAAGAUAUAAAACUUCAAGAACAAGAACAAGAGUCUGAUUGAAUCUACUCCGGAUAUCAACACACACUUUUAUGAACAAAUGGAUGUUUCCCGACUUCUCUUCUUCAUCUUCAUGGUGAUAACUACAGCUGAAUGUUCAGAGACAGACAAGUCCCAAUGUAUGGACUCUGACAAGGAGUCAUUCAACCUUCUUGAAGGUGAAGCAUUUUAUUUUCUGCACCUGGAUCUGCCUGACAACAACUUCACUGAUGAAGAAUUCAAAUGGUACAAAAAUACCUCCAGUUUCACAGACAACUCCAGUAUUGAGGAAAUCUCUACUAACGACAGUGAGCCGGUACAUUACCACGGUGGCGCAUUAUUUUUCUUAAACCUCCUCUCUGAGAAUUCUGGCUUUUACACUGCCCGGCACGUAAAACCAUCAGGAGAGUGUCAUCGCUAUCAUGUACGAAUUUACGUCGUCAAAACUAAAAAUGACUCAGCACUGCUUUAUGGACAAAUCAAUAACUCUGACGAGAACAAAAGGGUCCCAUGUCCAAAACCUGUCAUGGAUAUAUGUGAAAUUAUGAAAGGAGAAUUCACCUGGUACAAGGACUUCGUUUUUCUUGAAGGUGACAAUAAAGCUGACCUGAGGAUUAACAAUGCAACCAAAGUUCACGAGGGCAUCUACACUUGCACUUGUACCUGGACACACAAUCACAAGGUGUACAACUCGUCAGGCUCCAGGAGGUUAAUAGUUAAAGAUCGAGUUAUUCACCGUGACCCAGAAAUCCUCUCCGCACUAGGCGAGCAGUAUGCUGAUGAAGGCUUUGGGAUCAAGCUGAACUGCUCAGUGUUGUGCGGGACUAAUGUUAAACCUCACUGUAAAGCUAGCUGGAAUUUUAGUGGAAUCCCCAAACAGACCGAUGGACACAAUCAAACCACAGAAGUGGCCAUGAUGGGCCCUUCAAAGAAUACCAUCUCCACUGCAAUCCUGACCAUUGAAAAAGUGUCUGCUAGAGAUUUCCAGGCUAAAUUUGAAUGCAUCGGCAGGGGCUUCUACAAAUCGGUGUCUGGCAUUGUAACUCUUAAGAGGAGAGAGUCAAUAAUUCCAGUGGUCACUGGCGGAUUGUGUGUGUUGUUCUUCUGUGUGUUUGCUGCCAUGCUGGUCAAGUGCUUCGCUAUCGACCUCGCUCUCUUCUUUAGACCCUACUUCCCACUAAGCAGUCACAAUAUAGAUGCGAGGGUGUAUGAUGCCUAUGUGGUCUACCACAUGCAGAGCAUGGACAAGGCCACUGAGGAAUCACUCUGUCGUUUCGUCACAAAGGAUUUGCCCUCCGUCCUUGAGGAAAAGUGUGGCUAUCGUCUCUUUAUCCAUGGGAGGGAUGACAUACCAGGAGAAGACCGUCUGGAGCUGGUGGAGGACCGCUUGAAGCAGAGCAGGAGGCUGAUGGUGAUCCUCACCCCAGGUUUAGGAUCAGAGUCCAAGAUCACGGACCAAAAUCUUGCCCCACCGGAAUACUCAGUUAUAGGAGGGUUUGACUGGCAGGUGGGGCUCCACCAUGCGCUGGUCCAGAGGGAAAUGACUGUGAUUCUGAUCCAGCUGGGGGACACUGAGCCACAGGGAUACACACACCUUCCUCCUGGCUUGCAGCAUCUGAUUCGCAAGAGUGCUCCCAUUAGGUGGCCAGAGGAUUCACGGGCUGCUGUCGCAUGGAACUCUCGCUUCUGGAAGAGAGUGCGAUAUCUGAUGCCUGCCAAACCUGCCAAAAAAUGUCAACAAUCUGCUAUUAUCUGAAACACGUAUGGACUCUAAUUCCUUUUAGCCUUCCUAGAAUGACAGAUAUAUAGCAUGUACAAAACAAAACAAUAUUACACCACUUCUCAUCACACCCUUUAUAUAUAUGUGAUGUUAUGUUAUAUAUAUAUUAUAUGAUAUAUAGAAUGAUGCCAAUACGUCUAAAUAGUCUCGUUUAACUGCAGGUUCAAGGGUCGGUUUAUUUCUUCCUAGAAGUAUGUACAUUGUAUUUCUCACAUCCUUAUCACCCCAUGCUGGUUCAAAGACACAAAAAAAGCAUGGCCACAGCCAGGUGAGAGGUCACUGAGAAAACACAUUUUUUAUGUAAAAAAAUAAUUUAAAAAACGCUUAUAACCAUGAGUCUGUCCUUGAAGUGCAUUUUCUUUUAUUUCAAAUAAUAAUUAUUUCUUAUUUGAAAUGGCAUAUUAUGUAUUGUUAUAAUUUAAAUACAUAUUAGGUCUAUGUAUCUUUUCAAUUAUCUCCUUGAAUAUUUGCCUGGCUAUACCAUACCCAAGAGCUAAUAAAAUCACAAUUUGGGAAGUACACUACAGUACAUUAGCUAAGCACUGUUCUUUCCUGGCCAUAGCUGUCAUGUUUAUUAAGCUUUAUUGUGGUUGAACUUGCGUGUUGUAACACUUGUGUGAUAAAUUAGGGGAAAACCUGAAUUAUACUGCAGUUGUGCUCCUCUGCUCAAGUGAUUUUAAUAAAAAAA